UGCGGACCAGUCCCGAGAAGUUCGUCACGACCAACGCACGUCUGUAGCGUUCGUUACUCGCCUUCGAAACGAGUCGAAACAACUUUCCGCGUGUGUUUUAGUGACCAGUGGUUCUAAUAAAAAAAAGUAGCCAGUGACAAUUCGAAAUUCGAUUUUUAGUGGUUAAAUUAAAAAAGUGAACAGUGACAAUUUGAAAUUGGAAUUAGUGAUGUGAUAAGUGCGUUAACUUUUAAGUGGUUUUGUAAGUGAGCGAUUUAUUAAAGACCGCAUCUCCUAUCAAACAAUGCUCAAAAGUACGUAGCACAACUUGUGCUAGAUGCGCCCUCGGCGUCGACCAAUGAGAGGCAGCCGCGGGAGCAUGGAUGGACCAUAGGAUGCGCGUCUCGGCGCUCAUACUUCUGCUGAUCUCUAAUACAUACACAUUCUCACCUGAAAUAGAUGGCCCGGUAGUGAGCCAAGAAGCCAUCGAAGGCCGCAACACCUCGCUCCACUGCGACACCUCACUCGAGACAUCCACCGACGAGCUGAUGCUGCUUGUGUGGUACAAGAAUGACGUACCCAUUUACAGUUUCGACUACCGUUCCCGCUCCGAAUGGUCCAACGACCUAUUUAACAGCACCGGCCGACUUAAGGCUGAUCUUGAGCAUCAGCCAACCAUCCUGACAGUGUCGGCCCUGAGGGAAGAUGACCAGGCCCUGUAUCACUGCCGGGUGGACUUCCUUCAGGCUCCCACGAGGAAUGUUGGAGUCAAUUUAACUAUAGUUGUGCUGCCAAGCAAACCGUUCUUCUUCGAUGAGUUGGACAACAAGGUGGAAGAUAAAAUCGGGCCCUACCACGAAGGAGACACGCUGGUGCUAAAGUGUCUCGUCAUCGGAGGAAGCCCUCCACCCCGUAUCAGCUGGUACUCCGGCGAGACGCUCAUCGACGCGUCAGACGAGGACAGCGACAUCCCGUUGAUGAGGGAGAACGAGCUAUAUCUGCCUCUCACUCGGGACAACGCCGCAGGGCUGUCUUGUCGCGCGACAAAUACAAAACUCGCGGCGCCUGUCGUCGCGACAUUGCAAGUCAAGUUGUAUUUGUCAGCCUACAACGUGUCAAUCCACUGGGUAUCAGGCACCCUUGGUGACGCAUUACAAGCAGGCCGACCAGCUAUAGUCCAAUGUACUGCCCAUGGCUCCAACCCACCCGCGGACCUAGCCUGGUGGUUGGACCAUAAGCAUCUCACACAGCAUAGUAAUCAUACCUUAAUAAACUCGACGGGCACCGCGAUAUCUUUUCUGCAGCUUUCGCCCGGAGUUUUAGACGACGGCGCCACUCUCGCCUGCGUGGCGACGAACGUCGCGAUGGCACCUAGUCGAGGCGCCAAGGCCGAUUUAGUCAAGCUCAACGUCACUUAUAGCCCAAUCGUAGAAGUGUCAAUGGCAGGCGACGAGAACGGCAACAGAGUAGUAGAGCUAGACCCCUUGCAUUUAGAGUGCGAGGUCAAAGCCAACCCGCCCGUAGAGCGGUUCCUAUGGUAUUUUGACGAUGUGGAAAUUCAACCUGGUGAUAUUUGGGGUACAAACACAUCGUCACCGACUCUACUGGUGGAGGAGGUUUCGAGACACCAUGCCGGGCGAUACGCGUGCGAGGCCGUCAACAGUGUUGGCCGGACAAGGGCACAACAUAUCACAGUUAUUGUACACUACCCACCAGAAUGCGAUAACGGCGUCGUCGUUGUCAAAGAAACCCUCCACUGCAGCGUCAAAGCGCUCCCCACUCCAGACACAUACUUCUGGCACAUCUACCCCACCGGCUUCGAUAUCCAGCAGCUCACGACCGGCUCGGCCAUCCUUCCACUUUCCCAAGUCACGGCCCCACUGUCCGGGACAGUGCGGGCGACGUGUGAGGCGAGCAAUGGGGUGGCGUCGCAAGAGCUGCCGUGUGAGAGGGUGCUGAGCUUGGAGCAUUUGAGGCCGCAACAGCCGCAGCAAUGUGAUCUGGCUUAUGAAUAUGAGGAGUUUCAGAUGAGAUGUGUGCCAGUGGAAAAUGCCACUCACUAUGAAGUAUCCGUCUGGCGUAUGUCCACCUCCAAUACUUCCCUCGUCCUUGAGCACCGAGCGGCCAUGGGUUUCGGCUCAGGCCAGGCCAUGGCCCAGGGCGAGGCUCCCUGGCUGCUCCGCGGGGCCCUGGGCAAGCUGAAGGCGGGGGAUGAGGCCGGGGCUUCGGCGUGUAAUCGCUAUGGAUGCUCGAGGGCGCUGCUGUUGAGGCCGACGGAGAAUCUUCUGACGGCGUCCGCGCCGCCUUGGUGGGAAUUCCUCGUUGAAAAAGACGUAGCCAUAUCCGUCGGCGCAGUGGUCCUGGUCGCCGCGUUUCUCAUCUCCACAUUCCUCGUGGUCCGGCUGGCGCGGCGCACGCGCAGCAAGCCGCCGGCGCCUGUCAUUCAGGUGCUACAGCUGGACGACAUAGCGAGGGACUAUCUGGAUACUAUUGGAGAGAACAAAGUCCGAGCAUCCUGCAGCCUGCGUUCCUGCUCCAGCGUCUACUCCGAGGGUUCUGAAGCGAGCGCCCCCACAAUCGACCGGAGAAGAAAACCUCUGUGGAUAACUCAAUAUGAAGCCCCACCGCCAGAUGUCACUUUAACGUUGCAUAGGGAAAGUGCCGUCUGAAAUGAACUGUCAAAGUAUUUUCUAGUUUUAAAUGCAGUUAGUGGGUUGUCGUUGAGAUUCAAGAUGGCGAACACGUCUCUAGAUUUUUUUUUUGUGUUUUGCUCAUUCAUGUAGUUUAAAGUGUAAUAUUGAUAGCUUAUUAUGCAGUGAACUAUCGUAGAAGUGUGCAGCUAAUGAAAAACUAAACUUGAAACGCGUUUAACCAUAUUUUAAUCAACACCCGGCAAUCCAUCGUGGCUUUUAGUAAAGUCCAGCUAUCUCUUUACUAAAAGCAACUACCGAACAACGUCAUGCUCUACGAGCACACUUAAAACUUACAACGAAACUUGACAUUGGCAAAAUCAUCAUAGAUUUGAUGGAAGCCAUACUUUAAAAGAAGAAGAAAUGCAGUUAGUAAAUCAGCAAGAUCGUUUAGCUAGUGGUAUUUAUCAUUGAUAAGCGUGUGUUUUGACGCAAGAGCCCCAACAGUCAUUCGAAAAGGAAAUCCUUUAUGGAUAUACAAAUAUAAAGCCCUACCACGAUGUCACUUUAAACGCUACAUAGGAAAAUUGCUGCCUAAGAUUGUCAAUAGUCCAAAGCUUAAUUAAGUCCUUAUCAGACAAAAUAAUCUACCAAAUGUUACGGCCCUAUUCGAAGAAUGAUUAAGACACGUUUAAGAUCCCGGAAAGAUCUUUAAAAGAUCGAUAACUAAAUGUCAUAUCAAAAUUGACGUUUAUUUCGAUUCCGCUGUGAUCCCUAUAAGAUCUAUCUAUGAUAUUUCUAAUGUCAAUGUGACAUUGGUUGCCCGAAUCGAGCUGCUUCUGUCAAUUAUACGACAUACGAACGAUAUUUUAAUGAGAACUUAUCUAAACCAGAACUUAUCGUUAUCGUAUCUCAUUCUUCGAAUCGGGCCGUUAAUUCCACCGAACAGUAGACCAAAUGGAAGCCGUUGUGAAUACAGCAAGCUCCACCAAAAAAUGACAUUUCGGAGCGCAGUUAAAAAAUAUUCAGAACGAAAUAUUCUAGUUAUCUUUUAACGCAGUUGGCAAAGCAGCGAGAUUGGAUCAGUGAAUCAUAUCGAUAAUAGAAUUUACAUAAGUAAGAAAAAAAGCCCGAAAAAUUGGAAAAACUUAUAUGGAGGAUCAAAUAAUAGAAAAGUAUCGCGUGUUACUUAAUUUCAGUACAAAUUCAUGAUACGCAACGUUAUUAGAAUUUAUAAAACAGCUUUUUAUCGUGCCAAUUUUAGACGCAUUCACACAAAAAAACAUAGAAAAGACCUAAAACUCUUAUGGAAAAUUCGUGAACUAUGACAUGUUUCCCACAUUUCCCCUGUCCCCUAAUAUUUAUUCUAUGACAUUUCCCAUUCCAAAAUAUUAGUGGAUAUUGUAGUUAUAAUUCUAAUUAUAAUGAUUAUACUUAUUUUAAGAUACUUGACACUAUCACGUCGAAUUCUUACCAAAGUGUCCAAAAGCUCGAAUUAGGUGUUUUAGAUCCAAACUUACAGGUCACCUCUAGUAGCCCACCAUACAAGAAAAAUUGUCAGAGAAAUUUGAAUCAACGAUAUUAUAUAAUAGAGUUGAAUUUGUAAUGUUUUAAAAUCAAAAAAAGGAAAACAAAAGCAAGUCUGUUCCAUUUAAUUUUGGUACAAAUUUUAUUGGGGGUAUUUUGUACUAGUAUCAGGACUUUGAACCCUAAGAGGAUAAAUAAAAGAGUUAGUCAAGAAAUGUGUCGGGCGCGUGAAGAUAUUUUUAAGAGAUGCAAUAAAUAGUGGCUUGGCCGAAUACCGAAUAUCCGGCAGAAUAUUCGGCCGAAUAGCCGAAUAUUCAGCCGCCGAAUAUUCAGAUAGAAGUUUUACCUGAAAUGAAGUAAAUUCGAACGCGCGUUUCUCGCUGUCUUGGAUAGAAAUUGCGCAUAUUCUGCACGCAAUGCGUAUUGAAUUGCGGACAUUGCGAUGCGUUCGUUUUAGUCGUGUGUAAAAAAAAAUAGUAUUAUUUUUCUCAUGGUUUUGUACUAUCUAUAAAUGUAAAGGUAGUCUAAAGGAUUAUACUGAUUUUAAUAAUUGAUUACUUGUAGUUUGUUACUUUGAAUACACCUCGUUUACCGUUAUCUACGUGUUAACUUACUAUUCGGUAUUCGGCCGAAUUUUAUGCCACUAUCCGGUAUUCGGCCGAAUAGUGAAAAUGUAGCCGAAUAGGCCGAAUACCGAAUUGUGGCCGAGUAUUUGUUGCACCUCUAAUAUUUUUUAACACUGCUUAUCAGAAAGCUAUUAAGCUAAGAAGAUAUUUCGCGUAAUAACGUUUGGUAACUUACCUUUAAAUUUAACAAUACGAGUAUAUAAUAGGGACCGUGCACGUUGGAGGGUCUGCCAUCUUGUGGCCUGAAUCGGAACCAUAAAUAAUAAUAAAUAUGUACAUUUACACGUCACGUGUUUUGUUGUGCAUAGUAGGUUCUGCCAUCUUGUGGGCUACAUCGGAACAAUAAACAUCACAUUUACGCCUCGCGCCAAAAAUCUGACGGCUCCUGUGCUGCCUUCUACCGUUUAUGCACGCUCCCUAGGGUGCCAUGUGUUUCUAUAAUUUAAAUGUAAUAACUAUGUACCAUGGCUCGCAAUAAACGAUUUCUGAUUUCUAUACUUACAGAGUUCUGUAGGUUAUUGAGCAUCCGCAGCAAGCUCGGCCGAUCAUCAUACAAACGGAGUUUUGUUCUCAUUUUAACACAUUGAGUACCAGGAACCAGCUCGGCGGGUUCUCUGUUCGUAAUCGCUUUCCUCUACAAAGCGGGAAAACGCUGGGAUCGGAUACGAGCGUAGCGCUACGAAAACGUUUGGUAGCGAAUGUGUUGGGUUGUAUUGAAACUUUGCUUAUAUAAUUAUACGAGUUAUAUUUAUGCCUGUAAUUAGUUUAUACAGCCCCAGCUUAUAAAACAGAAAAAAUAAAGCAAAUACAAGUUUUCAAACUUCAAUGCGCUGUGUUUUUUAACCAAAAACAAGUUUUGUAUGAAAAACUUUUUAAUUAUGGUAUCUGAAGCUACAUAAACUAAUUACAGGCAUAGAUAUACCUUAUCCUGUUGUAAGUACAAAGUUUCAGAGCAAUCUAGCUAGUCAUUUUAAAAUGAGGGUAACUACAUUUGUAUGGAGAACCGAGUUUGCAGCGGACUCUUAAGGUCACGUGACCGACAAAGUAGACCUUUUUAGGAAUUCCCCAAAAUUUGAAAUUUAUUUUAAGGCAGUUUGACUGAGCCAGCGGAAAAUGCAUGAUUUCGUUAAUUUUGUCAUGUUAAAAUUAAUAUGAUGUAAAUUCUAUAUUUUGAAUCUAUGAAAUGAAUACGUGUGUUGAUUUAAUAAAUUGGAUGAAUUAAAUAAA